AUGGCCGCCGUUGCUCCUGCUGUAGAUCAAGCUGCAGAUUUGCUGCAGAAGUUGUCCAUGGAUUCCCAGACUAAGACUCUGGAAAUUCAAGAGCCCACCAAGAAGGCUUGUGUUGAUACGGCUGACAACAAAAAUGGUAAGAUCCAGUCAUUUGAUCGGUCCAUGACACCUUCGCCGCCAGAUUUUAUGGAUCCGACCAUGUGCUAUGUUGCCAACAGUUAUCCUACUGCCUAUUAUUAUGGUGGCUAUGAUGGGACUUGUGAUAAGUGGGACGACUACUCCAGAUUUCUGAGUCCGGAUGGAGUGGAGAUGACUCCUGGAGCUUAUGGGGACAAUGGGUCGCUUAUGUAUCACCACGGCUAUGGUUAUGCACCCUAUGGCCCAUAUUCACCAGCUGGUUCCCCAGUUCCGACUGUGGCACAUGAUGGCCAGCUUUAUGGAGCUCAGCACUACCAGUAUCCAACUCCGUAUUUUCAACCUCCAACUCCAACUAGUGGACUAUAUCCUAGUCCAGCUGCUCCUCCCAAAGGUGAGAUUUCCACCUCUGCAGCUGCUGACCAACUGCCUUUGUCUGUGGAAACUGCUAACGGGAAUUCCAACGGCAUUGCAAAUAUUGGGGGCAUCAAGGGAAAUAAUGGUUCAGCGCCAGUAAGACCAACAUAUCAGAAUUCAUCAUUUAAUACAAGUGGCUCCUAUGGAAGGGGAGCAAUACCAGGAGGAAUAGUGUCUUCUGGUUAUCAGGAUCUAGGAUUUGGUUUUGAUGGGUUGCGGUCUCCGAUAACAUGGGUAGAUGGCUCCAUAUUUUCAGAUGGGCAGCCUGGGCAUGUGAAAAGUGCUUCUAUCACCUCACCAACUGGGGGAUACUCAUUAUCAAGGAAUCAGAAUCUCCGUCCAAAUUCUCAUCUCAUGGGUUUGCAACAUCCAAGGCUGGUGCCUGGCAUGAGCACAGCUAAUGGAUAUAUAAAUAGGAUGUACCCGAACAAAUUAUAUGGGCAUUAUGGGAACACUUUCAGAUCUGUUCUGGGUUCUAAUGGUUAUGAAUCACGAACAAAUGGACGUGGGUGGUUGGCUGUUGAUAGCAAGUAUAAGCCUAGGGGACGAGGCAAUGGACUCUUUGGUUAUGGCAAUGGGAACAUGGAUGGUUUGAAUGAGUUGAAUAGGGGCCCGAGAGCCAAGAGCUCUAAGAAUCAAACGGGGUUUGCACCUGUUGCCUUGGCAGUCAAGGGGCAGAAUAUCCCAUUGGCAGGCACUAAUGAUGAUGAGAAGGAAAAGUCGAGUGCAAUUCCUGAUCGUCAGCAAUAUAACCGAGCAGAUUUUCCCGAGAAAUAUACUGAUGCUAAGUUUUUCAUUAUUAAGUCAUACAGUGAGGACGAUGUCCAUAAGAGCAUCAAGUAUAAUGUGUGGGCCAGCACUCCGCAUGGUAAUAAGAAGCUUGAUGCAGCAUACCAGGAGGCUCUGCAGAAGCUUGGUGACUGUCCUAUAUUUCUUUUCUUCUCGGUAUGCAUCUGGAUGCGACUUGUUUGA